UAACCCUCGCCAUCUUGUUGUGACUCCUCUACGUGCGUGGAAGACUGAAUUCAAGGGGGAUCCAGUCACGUCUUUCCCUUUUAUUAUUAUUUUUUUUAUAGACGAGAAGAUUGGGUCCAGAGCAGAAGCAUUUGAAUCUGUCUAUUUAACAUUUAUAUUAAUUUCCCCAAUCGUUUUUGGACCAUAACAAGAAACGGAGAUGAGCAUCGAGACGCUUUUAGAGGCGGCGAAGUUUUUGGAAUUGCAAGCCCUGCAACAACAGAAAGCACGUGAAGAGAAUGAACUCCAGGAAAGACGGCGUCGUGAGCAGGAGGCGGAGAAGCGGAGAGCAGAAGUGAACUCUCAUACUCAGCCCAUCCGAAUGAACCAUGUGACCUGGGUGGAGGAGUCUGGACCUGAGCACCGCAGUAUACCUGCCCCGGCCCAGCCUCCUCCCCCUCCCCCCACAGUGCCCAUCACGGUCAUCCCCAUUCCAGUGUUGUCCUGCACUCCUCCCACCACAGCUCUCAGCCCGUCGCCAACACCCCGCCUUACCCCACCCAGAAAAGACACCCAUUCACUGCCAAACCAGCAGGCACUGCACCAGUGCCCCCUCAUCUCGUCUCAAUUGAAGGGAGAGCCCACGUCACUGUCUCUAUCCAAUGGCACCAAACCUACCCAGCAGCUCCUGACCUACCCAAGCUCCAUCGUCACAGCUUCCCAGCAUGCACUGCUCACUCAGCCUGGAACUCCUUCAGCCCAACCCAGCCCUGCGGUCAGAGGAAGCCCUCCCGAUGACCACCGUAAUUUGGACGGCAAGAAGAGACCCGGAGGGGCAGGAACGAGAGAAGUGCACAAUAAACUUGAAAAAAAUAGACGUGCUCACUUAAAGGAGUGUUUUGACACCCUGAAGAAAACCAUCCUUCAUGUUGACGAAAAGAAGACCUCCAAUCUGAGCGUUCUAAGAAGUGCUUUGAGAUUCAUUCAGAAUCUGAAGAGGAAGGAGAAGGACUACGAGCAUGAGAUGGAGCGUUUAGCGCGGGAGAAGAUCGCCUUGCAGCAGAGACUUGCCGAGCUCAAGAAUGAGCUGAGUCAGCAAUUGGACGUGAUGGAGAUCGAGCGCAUUCUUCGACAGACUGUCCAGCCAGAUGAUGACCAGGCCUCUACCUCCACAGCCUCAGAAGGUGAAGACAACAUUGAAGAUAUCGAAGACGAGAUCUUUUCUGCCAUGCCCAGCGCCUUACCCAAAGUGCCUGCUGCGCUUCAGCCAGACUUAAAGAAGUCCCGUCCUGUGUCAUCCCUCAUAACACAGCACAUCGCCAUCCCUCACAGACUGUCUAAGGCUUUACCCCCGAUUCCCUCAGCUCAACUAUCCCCUGUGGCCACCGCCGCGGCCCCGAUCACAGCACCUGCUUUGACCUCAACCCCAGCACAGGCUCCAAACAGCCCGGCAUCCGCUCCUGCCGCCCAGGUGGUGACCCUGCAGACACUACCUCCAGCCCAGACCCAUAUAGUGACCGCGACCAGCCUGCAGCCUUCCGUCAUCGCCCAUGCGGGUUCGGCGUCGCACGCCUCAGUCAUCCAAACCGUCAACCGGGUGAUCCAGCCGGCCUCCAAGCAUGUUGCCCACAUCGCCCCUUCUUCCUCAAGCUCGGUGCAGCUGGCCCCCGGACCUCAAUCCAUCAGCCACAUCACUGUGGCCCAUCUUCCAGCAAUAUACUCUCAGCCUGUCACAGUCACACAGCCGGCCGUCAUGAGCCACAUCGCACAAACACUCUCUCACGGCCAGAUGAAUGGCACUUCGGCGACCAGCACGCAAGCAACCAUGGUGGGCAAGCAGAUGCCAGUGGGCGCUCACAUGGUUACCCAUCACCCUCAACUGGUGGGCCAGACCGUCCUCAACCCGUCCCUCACCAUGGUGACCAUGCCCUCCUUCCCAGUCAGCACGCUAAAGCUGGCCUGAAGUGCUGACAUACACAUUCAUAGAUCGAGUAUAGACACUUAUAGACUGGCCCACCUUGUCUGCCCCGUUUGAGACAUGCAGCACUGCAUUCAAACAAACUAUACAGCUAAAGGACACCGUACAUUCCAAAUGACAAGAAAGUAUAUAAAGACCCAAAAAGCGACACACAGAAAUUUAUCGAAUGUCUAAUACUAUAUAAUGAUAUAUAAUAAAAGAGAUGUUUUAUCUUAAUGUGUGGGUUAAGGCAGAGUCUAGAGUGCUUGUGUGCUACUCGGUGUGUUUUAGGCUCUAGUGGAGUGUAUUAUGAUGAACCUGUGGUGCGAUCCCAGCCUAGAUUGACUCUCAGCCAGCCUGAUGUGUGUGACUACUGGUUUAAAUGACUUUGUGAACCGACAGCCCCCAUAAUACCUCACACGGACUCCUCAACUAACAGCACACCUCAUCUGAAGACUCUUCUCAGCUCCGCUAGACCAGGUUUAAUGUUGUGACUGUUGCAAAUCCUGAAGUCCCUACAGUUCUUAAAGAGAUCAUUUAUGUCAUUCCAACCUGUAGGACUUUCUUUCUUCUGCAAAACACGAACAUGAAGAACUGUUUUUGUCAGUACAAUAGAAGACAGAGGGGUUCAGGACAACACAGCCCCUGGACAAAAACACUCCAGAAUAGCUUCGUUUUGUGUUCUGCAGAAUAAAGAAAAUCAUUGUUGAAUCAAUAAUGACAGAAUUGUCUCUUUGUUGUUGAACUGUCGAUUUAAAAUCAGUUUACCAUCAUCGUUACACUGGAGAAAUGAUUUUCUUUAAUAUUUGUAAAUUCUUAAAGCAAGACACAUGUACUUACGAAGGAAGAUGAAUUAAGAUAUUAAAUGUUUCAAAAUUAAGUGAGUUUAUGCUUUAACAAAAACUGUUGGAGUAAGAAAAAUGAUAAACAAUAAUAUCUCAAGUCAUUUUGUUUUGCAAGUGUAUAUGUUAAUUUAAAAAUUUUA